ACUGAUGAAGAACAAUGGCAUGAUGACUGCCCGAAUGGUGAGACGUUCUUUUGUUUUUUCAAGAAGACAUUAGCUAAAGGUUUAGUUUAGCUUCGUAAAGAACACAAACAGCCCCCACCAACUAGCAAAGGAAAAUGCAGCAGUUUCAUUUCAGAGAAAAUGUUGCAUAUUUAUGAUCGUUUAACUUCAGAUGUGUUUCUAGCAAGAUGCUUGUCUGGGAUGACACAAAAUGCCAAUGAAAGCAUCCAUGCA